AAGGCCCUGGGAGAUUGGGGGUCAAUUGUGCAAAAGACGUAGUGAUUAGUUUCCCACCAAUUGCCAAUUGCUACUUCUUCCAGCGUCGUGUUUCAGUGUCUUCAGUGCAAUUUCAGUACGACGUCACAAUUGAGUGGCUGCCAGAUUUGGGCAGACAAAAAGUUCGUUUGACACAGCCAAUCCUCUUCCGCCAGUCGCACAGAUACAUCCAAUCCAGAAUAUUAUGGCGACUGCAACCGGAGAAAAGAAAAAGAAGCCCAGUGCUAUGCGCUCCAUCCUAGCGGGUGCGAGUGCUGGCGCUGUGGAAAUAUCAAUCACAUAUCCCGCCGAGUUCGCAAAGACACGAUCACAACUCAACCGAAGAUUACCAGACGGCAAGAAGCUGCCAUGGCCACCAUUCGGCAAGCAGUGGUAUGCCGGGUGCACGACGCUGAUAAUCGGCAACUCACUGAAGGCUGGAAUAAGAUUCGUCGCAUUCGACAUGUACAAGAACAUGCUGGCUGAUGCUGAAGGAAAGGUCUCGGGCCCAGCGACCGUAAUAGCUGGUUUUGGUGCAGGAGCCACAGAAUCGCUGCUGGCUGUUACUCCUUUCGAGAGCAUCAAGACACAACUCAUCGAUGACCGCAAGUCUGCAAACCCUCGUAUGCGCGGGUUCCUUCACGGUUCAAGAAUCAUUGCACAAGAAAAGGGUAUCCGGGGCUUCUUCCAGGGCUUCCUUCCUACUACAGCACGACAAGCUGCCAACUCAGCCGUCCGUUUCUCAAGUUACACGUCGCUCAAGCAACUCGCACAGUCAUACGUCAAGCCGGGCGAGAAGCUCGGCGCUUUCAGCACAUUCGGACUUGGAGGCCUGGCAGGCAUAAUUACUGUCUACACGACCAUGCCUAUUGAUACUGUAAAGACGCGCAUGCAGUCGAUAGAGGCAAGGAGUCAGUACAAGAACAGCUUUGACUGUGUAGCCAAGAUAUUCAGGGAUGAGGGACUCUUCACCUUUUGGUCGGGUGCUCUCCCUCGACUAGGCCGUCUGAUCCUAAGUGGUGGUAUUGUGUUUACCAUGUAUGAAAAGUCGAUGGACUUCAUGGAUAAGCUGGACCCUCAAGGACGAUACAUAUAGGCUUAUGAUGACAUGCACCCGUUGAAGCUGGGAUAAGCAGGC